AUGGCUGAACAAUUGAUCCUCAAGGGCACUUUGGAGGGCCACAAUGGAUGGGUUACCUCUUUGGCCACCUCCAUGGAGAACCCCAAUAUGCUCCUGUCCGCUUCUCGCGACAAAACCCUGAUUAUCUGGAACCUCACCCGCGACGAAACCCAAUAUGGCUACCCUAAGCGAUCCCUAAAAGGCCACUCUCACAUCGUCUCGGACUGUGUCAUCUCGUCUGAUGGUGCGUACGCUUUGUCCGCUUCUUGGGACAAGACCCUCCGCCUGUGGGAGCUUGCCACUGGCACCACCACUCGACGAUUCGUCGGCCACACCAACGACAUCCUCUCCGUCUCCUUCUCUGCCGACAACCGCCAGAUCGUCUCUGGUUCCCGCGACCGCACCAUCAAGCUGUGGAACACCCUCGGAGACUGCAAGUUCACCAUCUCCGAAAAGGGCCACACCGAGUGGGUUUCCUGCGUGCGAUUCAGCCCCAACCCCCAGAACCCUGUCAUUGUCUCUGCUGGCUGGGACAAGCUAGUCAAGGUCUGGGAGCUCUCCAGCUGCAAGUUGCAGACCGACCACAUCGGCCACACUGGCUACAUCAACACCGUCACCAUCUCCCCUGACGGCUCCCUCUGCGCCUCUGGUGGCAAGGACGGCACCACCAUGCUCUGGGAUCUUAACGAGUCCAAGCACCUCUACUCCCUCAACGCCAACGACGAGAUCCACGCUCUCGUCUUCUCCCCCAACCGAUACUGGCUCUGCGCUGCCACUGCCAGCAGCAUCAUCAUCUUCGACCUGGAGAAGAAGAGCAAGGUCGAUGAGCUCAAGCCCGAGUUCACCGCUGUCGGCAAGAAGAGCCGGGAGCCCGAGUGUGUUUCCCUCGCCUGGUCUGCUGAUGGCCAAACUCUGUUCGCUGGUUAUACCGACAACGUUAUCCGCGCUUGGGGCGUCAUGUCGAGGGCAUAA